CUCUUCUGAUAGAAAUGAUACUGCGCUUUUAGAUACAUAUCAACCUGAAGAGAUUUAUUCUCAAUAUAUAAUUCAGAUGGCAGGAAAAGGUUAUACAGUGAUCGAUCAUCCCUCUAAAGUUUAUAAAAUACCUAUGCCUUUCUUAAAUUCUUUUGCCUUAGCUAAUUAUAGAGAACUUAAAGGAUUCACAGAGAAAGUUAUGGAAUUAGUUGGGGAACCUUAUUCGAAAUUUAUUGACAUUGGCCUUCCCAAAACACAUUUCAAUCUUUGGCUUCUAGGAUCAGCAAAGGAAG